UGUCCAGUGCUUGCGAUUACCUUUGACUAUGAAGUCAGCGCAGUUAUUCAACACACGUAUCUUCUUCUUCAGGGCGGAUUCUCUGACGGUUACUUCAUCUACAACAACGAUACCUUCGACAUCAACAAUCAAGGCGUGGUCUCCCUGAGGAAGGACGUCACUUUGGACAGAGAGACAAAGGACAGCUACAUUUUACAGGUGGUGGCAGUGGAUCAGCUGGUUGACGGAUUCAGUUCCACGGCUCAGCUCAACAUCUCCGUCCUCGACUACAACGACAACGCCCCGCAGUUCCCGGUCAUCCCCGACCCCCUGCAGGUCCUGGAGGGCGACUACUCCGAGAAAAACCCUAGAGAAAUCCUCAUGAUCGUGCCCACCGACGCCGACCUCGGCCCCAACGGAGAAGUCACCCUCUCCCUCACCUCCCCUCACCCACUCUUCAGAUUCAGAGAGGACGGGAUGCUGCUGGCUGUCGGACCUCUGGAUCGGGAGAGCAAGGAAACAUAUGAGCUGGUGGUGAAGGCCUCAGAUAACGGCAGCCCACAGAGAGAGAACAUCACCACCAUCAGAGUGAGCCUCGUGGACGUCAACGACAACAGACCUGAGUUCAGCUCCAGUAGCUUCGCCAUCAGCGUCCUGCUCAAAGACGCCGAGGAGGGGAAGCUGCUGCUGACGCUGUCCGCCUCCGACAGAGACCAAGGGAACAACUCGCUCAUCAGAUACAG